AUGGACCACUUGUCCCCUUCAUCAGGGGUCAAUUGGUACACCAGUUAUAAUGGUUUUGGGGAAUUGCUGGCAUGUUCCCAGCUUCCUCCUCUUGAAUUGGGUGGGGUGGAUGUUGGGAGACAGUUAACCCCCCAGGUGCAUAUGCAGUAUGCAGUGUCACAGUUAUCGGCUGGGGGUGUGCACUAUGUACAGGAUCAUCGUAGUCUUCACAAUUCGAAUGUUGAAGAAACCCAUGCUAAUCAGGAUGAAUUGAUACAGCACCUGGAAUCUCAUACCGAUCGCCGUGUACGUCCAGCUUUAGGAGAGAAAAUCGCUUGUAAUGUGUGCAGUGCAACAUUUGCAUGUGGAGCAAAUCUUAGAAAUCACAUGAGGAUACAUACUGGUGAAAGACCGUAUAUGUGUGAGGAAUGUGGGGCUUCUUUCACUCAGCGUUCAAAUUUGCGUAGUCAUAAGCGAGUCCAUACCGGUGAACGCCCAUACAUGUGUGGGAUUUGUGGACAGACAUUUGCUCGCUCAUCACAUCUUCCAGGACACAUGCGAACUCACACAGGAGAAAAACCUUUUAAUUGUCCUUGGUGUAAUCGUUCUUUUGCUACUAAUCAAAUAAUGAAAAAUCACAUGAGGACUCAUACAGGGGAAAGACCUUUUGUGUGUGAUGUUUGUUAUGCUACAUUUGCUCAGAGUUCAUGCUUAGCUACUCAUAAGAAAAUUCACACUGGUGAACGCAAUUUUAAGUGUGGGCAGUGUGGGAAAGCGUUUAUAUCUAGAUCAGGGUUACAAACACAUGAACGUGUUCACACAGGAGAAAAGCCUUAUACAUGUGAAAAAUGUGAUAAAUCCUUCAAGACUUCAUCGUAUCUUUCUAAACAUAAGCUGAAAUACUGUGGUAACAAUGGAUACAAGAAUAGAGUUCGGCAACCCGAUGCAAAAAAGCCAGGUCGAAAGUCUGCAAAUAAUAGAAAGAUGAGGAAAUCACGAAAAUCUGUAAAACCACAUGGAAGGCCACAGAAGAGAGGUAAAGCAAAGAAAUUACGGCAUACUAAAAGGUGCAGGCAUAGUGAAUCUCAAGUCGAAUAUGAGGAAGAAUUACCAGUUGGUGAGCACUUUGGUACAGCUACCCCUUGUGAAAUAGAAGAUGUGCAGGUAAAGCAAGAAAGACAUGAUUCGGAAGAAAGUUCCAAAUUCAGAACUCUACGUAAAAGUGCAAGUGCACACAACACGCGACAAUAUAAUGUCAAAGAUAAAGAUAGCCUUGCAUUGUCUUGUCAUGAGAGAGUGAGAUUAUCAGUUAAUAACAGUGAACUGUGUAAGGAUGGCUCAGCGGCUGAUGAGAACCUUGAAAAAAAUUGCUUUAGUCCCUCCGAAUCUUAUUCACAAAUUUUACACAUACAUCAACAAGUUUCUGAAAUUCAUCAAGAAGUAGCAGAAGCCGACCUGAAAGAAAAUUCAAAUUCCGAGUUACAUGAGAGUACAAAGUGUGGUGCAGAAAUUGCAAAUUUACUUUUCAGGGAUAUUCAUCAUGAGGUCACAGACGCUAUCCCACAGGUCUCAACUAUAUUGACUUCCAAAGCUCAUCAAGAAACAUUUGUACCUAAAAAUGGCUCAACUGCCUGGUAUUUCAGAAGCUAUAUGUGA